AUGCCUCAACUUGACUUUGAACCCCUCGUCACUGACGAUACACGAAUCCUGGGUCAAGAUCCAUUGAUCCCUCCUCAACUACUCGUUUCCGAGAUCCCAAUUACGAACAAUUCUUUCAAGACCGUCGUUCAAGGACGAAAAGACGCCGUCGAGAUUAUAAUGGGUAAAUCCGAUCGUCUUUUGGUCGUCGUCGGACCCUGCUCGCUUCAUGAUCCUACUACCGCCAUUGAGUACGCAAGAAAGUUAAAGGAUCUUUCCGAGAAAUUGUCGGACGAUCUGUGCAUCAUUAUGCGUGCCUACCUCGAGAAGCCCCGCACGACUGUUGGAUGGAAAGGUUUGAUCAAUGACCCUGAUAUUGAUGAGUCAUUCAAGAUCAACAAAGGUCUCCGAAUCAGUCGUCAACUUUUUUGCGACCUCACCAGCAUCGGCAUGCCCAUUGCCACUGAAAUGCUCGACACCAUCUCCCCACAAUUCCUCGCAGAUUUGAUCUCGCUCGGUGCCAUUGGUGCAAGAACCACUGAGUCACAGUUACAUCGUGAGCUUGCAUCAGGUCUAUCUUUCCCGGUUGGAUUCAAGAACGGUACCGAUGGAAGCUUGACUGUCGCAAUUGAUGCUAUUGGAUCCGCGGCUGCUAAACAUCACUUCAUGGGUGUCACAAAGCAAGGUCUUGCUGCCAUCACUAGAACUAGUGGAAAUGAGCACGGAUUUGUUAUUCUACGUGGUGGUACCAAAGGUACAAACUUCGAUGCCGAGAAUGUUCAACUCACCAAGGAGACUUUGAGUAAGAAAGGCCAAAAGCAAGCUAUCAUGAUUGAUUGCUCUCACGGUAACUCAAACAAGGACCACCGAAACCAACCCAAGGUAGCCCAAGUAGUCGGCGAUCAACUGCGUGCUGGUGAAAAAUCCAUCAUCGGUGUCAUGAUCGAAUCCAACAUCAAUGAAGGUAACCAAAAGGUCCCUGCCGGGGGACCAUCCGGUCUCAAGAAAGGCGUCAGCAUUACCGAUGCCUGCAUCAACUGGGAAUCCACCGUCGAAGUCCUCGAGCAGCUCGCCGAUGCUAUCCGAGAACGUCGCAAGCAUUCUUCUGCUUAG